CAGCCUGACUCAAACCAGCAGAUAGUGAUUGAGAGUGAUGGUUAAAUGGAUUAGAGAGAGAGGGAGGGUGAGGGAGAGAGAGGGGAGGGAGAUUUGCCAUGAAGCUUUCUGCCCUUGAACACACAGGGCAAAUCUGAUCCAGUAAAGUAGACAGCACACGCACUACAAGUCCAUAUUCUUACUUUUGGAUACGUUACUUCACACAUACACACGCACCCUGCAUCCAGCAUCUCCUGGAGAAGUAGGGCACCAUCCUCCCCUGACAGACCGACGGAGUGUGCAUUAAGAAACUCUCCGGCAGGGAGAGAUAAAGAUAAAAAACAAACACGGAAGAACCGCAUCUUCGCUGCGGGAGGCGAUGCCGUUUCCACACGGACCCAAGUCGAGCGCGCGGUGAGUCCAUCUCAACUACUUCAGCGACCCGGAUGAAACGAGCCUGUCACGGCGUCUCACUUUUGAUUUAUGUUUGAAACGCCAAAAAGUUGUUUCUGCUCGAGUUCAAACGCAAAAUCAUCCCUCUUACCGUUAAACGCGAGAGUGUGUUUUAUCGCAGUUCCUCAUCUUUAGUGACGGGACGCGCGUGCGACACACCCCGUGCGUUUCCGUUCUCUCUGCAGAGGGAAGCCCGAUUUCAAACUGUUUUCCGACGCUAAACUACCACAGUUUUCAACUUUAGUCACGGUUUUUGUGACAGUACGGAUGUUGGAUUACCUCUAGGGACCAUGGACAGCAGCUGCUAAAGAGUGAAGGAUGCGACCAGGCUGACAUUUCUGAGCUUGGAAAAGGGGAAACCCACUUCAUGUGACCUUCGGGACAUAAAUAUGCUCUGCGGUGACGCAGUCCAGGAGCUGCUAUGGAUGUAGGUCCAAGUAGAAGCAUCAGCACCUUUGACCCAACAUAUCAGGACAGUGUCCAAACACACAGAAGUAAGACAGAAGUCAAUACACAAAACAAUAAACUUGCUUUACAAGACUUCCCCUCAACCUCAUAACAACAAAACACUUUUAUGCACAUUUUCUUUUUCUAUAUAUCUGACUUUUUCCUUUUGGAGUAAUGACUGUGGCGAUGUUAUGGGAUGUUUUAACCUGACCACCGGUGCUGCUGUUCCAUGUUAACACAUCCCACCUCUGAACCCACGGUGGUCCCUUUCCCGUUUCUCCGAAUCCUCGGAAAUCCCCUCAUAUUCGCACGCCUGCCAUGCAUGUACGCGCGGGACUCCUCUACCUGCUGGUGCAUGUGCUGGCGAGAGCAAGAGGCCAGUACGACCUGUGCAAGUCUCUCGUGAGCACGGACGAAGGCGCCAUGUGGGAGCAGUACGCGUGCCAACCCAAAGCCCAGGCCAUGAAGGAGUACAUGCGCAUCCGUGUCGAGCCGCCGGGCGUCACCUGCGGGAACCCGCCGGAGAGAUUCUGCACUCUGGAGAAUCCAUACCUCUGCAGUGAUGAAUGUGACGCAUCUAACCCUGACCUGGCUCACCCGCCGCAGCUGAUGCAGGACCGCGAGCGCAGCGGCCUCAUCACCUACUGGCAGACGGUCACGUGGCGGCGGUAUCCCGAGCCUCUUCAGGCCAACAUCACCCUGUCCUGGAACAAAACCCUCGAACUCACCGACGACAUUCAGAUCACCUUCGAAUACGGCCGGCCCACCGUCAUGGUGCUGGAGAAGUCGCUCAAUUUCGGUCGCACGUGGCAGCCCUACCAGUACUACGCCGACGACUGCGUGGAUGCGUUCAACAUGGCGCCGAGACGAGCACGCGAUCUGACCGCGGCCAACAUCACGCGCGUCAUCUGUACAGAGCAGUACUCACGCUGGGUCGGGUCCAAGAACGAGAAGGUGGUGCGCUUUGAGGUGCGUUCCCGCUUCGCCAUUUUCGCCGGCCCAAGGCUGCUGAACAUGGAAGGCCUGUACACGCGGAUGGAGAGCAUGAAGGGUUUACGAGAUUUAUUCACAUUCACCAAUCUCAGGCUCCGCCUCCUCAGGCCCGCUCUCGGAGGAACGUACGUCCAGAGAGACAACCUGCUGAAAUACUUCUACGCCAUUUCUAACGUGGAGGUGCUGGCCAGGUGUAAAUGCAAUCUCCACGCGUCUCAGUGUUUGUAUGUGGACGGCAACUUACAGUGUCAAUGUGAACACAACACGACUGGACAGGACUGCCAGCGCUGCAGAAAAGGAUUCAAAGCCAAGACCUGGAAAUCAGGAUCAUAUUUACCAACACCCAACGGAUCCCCCAACACAUGUUCUCAGGCAUUGGCUGGUUCUUCUUCUGGUUCCAAUUGUGAAUGUAACGGACACUCGAAUCGCUGCAGUUACAUCGACUUCCUGAACAUAGUCACGUGUGUGAGCUGCAAACACAACACGCGUGGUCAGAACUGCGAACACUGUCGCAUGGGCUUCUUCAAAAACAACUCUGCAGAGCCUGAUGAUGAGAAUGUGUGUAUUGAGUGUAACUGUAAUACGAUGGGCUCAUUGCACGACCGCUGUAAUGGUACCGGCUUCUGUCAGUGUAAAGAGGGCACUACCGGAGUCAAAUGUGAUGACUGUUUCCCCGGUUACUACUGGAAACAGGGCUGUUUCCCGAACGUGUGUGACGAUGAGUUACUCUUGUGCCAGAACGGGGGGACGUGCGUUCAGAAUCAGCGCUGUAGCUGUCCGCCGGACUUUAAGGGUGUUUUGUGCCAACAGUCGCGCUGCGACGGAGGCAAAAAGUGCAACGGUGCCAGCGCACUCACACUGAGCCUGGCACUUCUGCUCUUCCCGCUCCUCGCCACCCUGCUGGGCUCCGCUGCCUCCUGAGAGACCCCUGCUUCCCCACCAGCAGGCACCGAGAGGGCCAGAUGCUCAGCAUCGCCCUCUACAGGGUGCAGAACGCCCUGCAGGACAACAAGAACGAGAAACAAAGACUCUGGAAGAGCUGGAAAUCAAUGGAACUCAAUGUGCGCCUCACAUAUACGCUGAGGACGAAUAAUACCAAAAACACAUACACUACACACACAAUAUCAACAAGAAGUGAGCUUCUUGUGCAAAAGCUGCAAAAUGUAAUACAAACCGCACUUCCUUCACUCUGAUUGGUCAAUGUAGGGGGCGUGUCCUCACAGUGAUCGGAGACUGUACGUUGUUUUCAGGAAAGGUCCGGCUUAACGUUUUGUUUUUUUUUACACUCCCUCGCUGCAGUUUUUAACAUUCAGAUGUAUUUAACGAGCGCUCACUGUUAUUCGCUAAAAAGCAAAGAUUAUGAUAUUAUUGUGAUAUUUGUUAUAUCAUGACUAUUAAGAUUUUAGGCACUGUACUGCUGGUUGUUAUAGGAAUGUCUGUCGCCACAGUUAGAGAUCAUUGAUAUUUAUGAAGUAUUGGGGACACGAACACGCUAUUCAACUCGCAAAAGAAGAUAUCUAAUCAAAUGGAAUUAUUAUAAACCCACAUUAUUUGACUAUUUUUGGUAGAGAAUAUUUUUGCUUUGGAUCUAUAUAAGAGGCAAAAGGUUUUAUUACACUGUAAACUUUACAGCACACUAUAGUAAGAGAAUCUAUAAUGUACAGUUUACACUGUCAGGUAUUACAGAGGAUGAAUUUACGCACUAAAUGUACCAAGCAGAAUUUAAUAAAUGGCAAACUAAACUGAAAUGUACAGUCAUGACCAAAAAUAUCGGCACCCUUGGUAAAU